AUGCGUGCGUGCCGCGUGUACUUUGCACGCUCGCUUCGUUCUGCCCUUGAUCGUCGCCGUCUCCGCCACGACGUCAACCGCCGCUCGGCACCCAACCCCCCCUGCUCGGUCAAUCAUGCCGUUGCUCGUCCCGUCCGUCUCGUCGGCCAGCAGCCUCGCGCACUCGGCGCCCGCGACGGGGAGUCUGAGCAUGUCCCCCCCCGGCCCGGGCACGUGGGCCGGCAGCAGUCCGGCCUGCCGGAGCACGGUGCCCUGAUCCCACCAUAUGUGCUCGUGGAACAGCCUGUCGCCGCGGACGUUGACGACGGCGACCAUGGGCACGGCCAGCCUGGCGUGGGUGGGCGGCACGUUGGGCAGCAGCCACGGCACGUGCGACGUGUGCGUGAGGGACAGGAUGAACUCGUCUGUGCCGGGUCAGCGCGUCGACGCUCCAUCGGGAAAGCACACUGCACCGACCGACGACUCUGUCCGGGCCGACGGUUCGCGAGACCGUCGCCAGCGCCGUGUCCGGCGGGUUGCUGCGGCGCCACGGUUCACGAAUCAGCAGAGACUCGGGCAGGGCAACACGACACGGGCUGGGCGAGCUACCAGAAGAUGAAGUCGUCUCUGUAG